CACAAGAAGUGACCAGCAUUUUGUCAAUUUCUCAGUUUAAAGCUUCAUAUUUUGUUUGACUCAGUUGCAUUUGAAGCUCAGCCUGUGUAGUACCGAAAAAACGAUCAACCCGCUUAAAGAUGCAAUUUAGUUCGACGUUGUUGUUGAUCUGCGCCGCUUUAAUCGGCUGCGGCACGGCGACCGAAGUGAGGCCCUGCCCCAAAUCCAAGACACGCGCUUUAACCGCCGAUGAGGUCACCAUCUCGAACUGUCCUAAAAAUAAAUGCAUACUGAAACGCAAUACGGAGGCCAGCAUCACCAUGAAGAUCAAGCCGGAGCGUGAUUUCAACGAGCUCAACUCUGAUAUACAGGGAAUUAUACUGGAUGUGCCCUUGCCUUUCCCAGGCUACUAUGGCACCAGCGCCUGUCCGCAUAUCUAUGAUGCCGCUGGCGAGAAGCAAGUGGGCUGCCCGCUCAAGGCGGGUGAGACCUACACAUACAAGAAUAGCUUUAAGAUACUGCCCUUGUAUCCUACGGUUACUCUGGAGAUACACUGGGGCUUGGGCGACAAGCAGGGCGAUGCUGCCUGCUUCCAAAUACCCGCCAAGAUCAAGGCUUAGUUACUUGCGUUAUUAGCUUGUUAACUUUAUUUGUUAAAUUUUAAAAGUUUGGUAGUUUAUAGUUCAUAGUAUAUAUUAAGUGAAUGCAUUGGAUUAAUCUGGGCAAUAUUGCGACAACCAGCCAGUGGCGCAAUAUUCGCAGUGAAACCGAAACAAAAAAGCAAGCAAAUCAAAUCAAUUCGAUAUACAUAUAGAUAUAGGUAUAUAUACAUAAACAUAUAUUUAUA